AUGGAUGCCAUAACAUUCAGAUUUUUGAUGAGCUUAGCAGCGUCUCAAAAUCUUGAAAUGUAUCUCAUGGAUGUUGUGACAGCAUAUCUAUAUGGAUCUCUUGAAAAUGAGAUAUAUAUGAAAAUCCCAGAAGGGUUAAAAAUGCCUGAGGAUUUGAAAUCAAAGGCUAAGGAGAUCUGUUCGGUCAGAUUACAGCGAUCACUUUAUGGACUAAAACAGUCCGGACGCAUGUGGUAUAAUCGCUUAAGUGAAUAUUUGUUGAGUAAAGAUUACGUCAACAAUGCGAUAUGCCCUUGCGUAUUCAUUAAGAAAUCCUCGUCAGGAUUUGUGAUUAUUGCUGUAUAUGUAGAUGACCUGAACAUGAUUGGAACUCAAAAGGAAAUUGAUGAUGCAAGAACUCAUAUGAAAGAAGAGUUUGAAAUGAAAGAUCUUGGAAAGACAAAGUUUUGUCUUGGGCUCCAGAUAGAGCAUUUCCAAGAUGGUAUAUUUGUGCAUCAGUCAAAUUACACUAAAAGAGUGUUAAAACGCUUUUAUAUGGACAAAGCAACUCCUUUGAGUACUCCAAUGGUUAAUAGAUCUCUUGAUGUUGAAAAGGAUCCAUUCCGUCCUUGUGAGGAUAACGAGGAAGUGUUAGGUCCUGAAGUACCUUACAUGAGCGCUAUUGGUGGACUAAUGUAUCUUGCAAAUUGCACUAGACCAGAUAUAGCAUUCGCUACUAAUCUGCUUGCAAGAUAUAGUUCGUCCCCUACGCGCAGACAUUGGAAUGGAAUAAAACAUAUUUUUCGUUAUCUUCAAGGAUCAAUUGAUUUAGGAUUAUUUUAUCCUAAAAACUCAAAAUGUGUUUUAGUUGGUUUUGCUGAUGCAGGAUAUCUAUCAGAUCCACACAAAGCUAGAUCACAAGGUUAUGUUUUCACAAUUGGUGGAACUGCGGUCUCCUGGCGUUCGCAAAAGCAAACUUUGGUUGCAACGUCUUCAAAUUAUGCAGAAACUAUUGCUCUCCAUGAAGCAUGUAGAGGUGUGUAG